AUGCCAUCAGCCUUUGAGAGAGCGGUCAAGAGUGCGAUCCAGGAGGUGAGCAGCAGAAGAGAUCUCACCCCAGUGGACUGCCUUAGGGAGUCAAUCACCUUCAAGCCCUACUGCCUCCUGAAUAGGAAACUCUCAACCUCAUGGUUCUGGAAACCCCCUUAUAAAUAUAUCAACAUGACAAUCAAGGACAUCCUGGAACCCAGUGCUCCAGAACCAGAACCGGAGUGUACUGACCGCUUCCAAGUCUCUGACAUCGUGGAUGGGAAUAUUCAAGGUCGUGUGGCAUUGUCAGACAUGGCAGAAGGGAAAAUUUCGGGUGGGGCUGCAGUGUCUGGCAGUUUCAGUGCCUCCAUGAAUAUGUGUAUACUGAGUGUGAAUCCAAACAUCUGGGCCAUCAUGCAGCGUGAAAGGCACCUGCAGAAGCCUGAGAAUAAAAUCCUGCAACAGCUUCGGAGACGUGGGGAUGACAUGUUUGUCAUCACCGAGGUGCUGCAGACAAAGGAGAAGGUGCAGAUUACCCAGAUCUACAGCCAAGAGGGCUCAGGCCAGUUUAUACUGCCUGGAGCCUCAUGCUUGCAGGGUGAAGGCAAGGGCCACCAAAUCCGGAAGAAGAUGGUGACCAUUCCUGCAGGCAGCAUCCUUGCAUUCCGAGUGGCCAAACUGCUCAUUGGCUCUACAUGGGAUAUCCUUCUUGUCUCGGAUGAGAAACAGAGGACCUUUGAGCCCUCCUCAGGUAACAGAAGAGGAGUGGUCCUGAGGCAACAUAGAUUUAAUCUGCUCACUGCACUAUACCCCUGUGCACUUGUGGUACUGCCCUCUGUUCCUCCAGAUGAAAUCCCUGAGGAAGAAGAAUUCAGGAAAGACUUCCAAGGCCUGUGUGCAGAGGUGAAGGCUGGUGCCUCAGAACUAGGGAGAUUAAAAAUGGAGUUGAGACAAUAGCUUCUAGUGAACAUCGGGAAGAUUUUACAGGAUCAGCCCAGCCUGGAAGCCUUAGAGGCCUCACUAGGGCAGGGCCUGUGCUAUGACAGGCAGGUGGAGCCUCUGGACGGGCCCGCAGGCUGCAUCCUUCUGUGUCUGGUGCUCGAUUCUGGAAUAGUGUUGCCAAAACACGGAGCCCCUAUCUUCUACCUGUUGGGAGCACUGAAUGUACUGAGUGAAACUCAGCGGCAGCUGUUGGCUAAGGCUCUGGAGACAACUGUACUGUCAAAGCAGCUGGAGUUGGUGGAGCACGUCUUGGAACAGAGCACCCCAUGGAAGGAGCAGUGCUCUGUGUCCCUGCCCUCCAGGCUCCUUGGGGACAGCUGGCAUGAGGAGGCUCCCACCUGGGUCUUGCUAGAAGAAUGUGGCCUAAGGCUGCAGGUGAAACACCCCCCCCCCCAGGUACACUGGGAACCAACCUCUCAGGGCCCCACAUGUGCCCUCUAUGCCUCUCUGGCCCUAUUGUCAAGUCUAGGCCAGAAACCUCAUUAG